UGGGUCUCUAGUUGCAUAUUGUUGGACACGGAACUCCGGAUGAGUGCAGAAACUGGCAGUGAGAGCUGUCGGCUUAACUUUACCAACCGAGAACGAAGAGAGAAUAUAAAAUCGAACAGGUUAAUUCUCCGUCAUGAUCAUCCAUAGCGGAUAGGCGAAGGUGUGUGUGCGCGUGCAUGUGGCCUCCAGGUGCCGCAAUAGGACUAUGGAGCCAGAUGUCAUCCGUUUGUACUCUUCCUCGCCGCCUCCACUGGAUGAGGCUGCAGAGCAGGAAGAGGAGGAUGAGUUCGGCGAGUUUGGCAGUUUCCGUGACGGAGGUGUGUCAUCCAGUUUCAGCUUUUCAGAGCUUGACACACCCAUAACAUUCAACCAGUCAAACGCAGUGGAGGACUCGCCUCCUGACCAGUACAUCACAUCCGUGCAGAAUCUCACUUUAUCAGGGAAGAACAGAUGGGGCAACGAGAGAAGAGUGGUAGAGGAAGCACACCUGUCUUGUGUGGUAUCAAAUCUAGAAACAUCAGGAGAUGAGACUGAGGUGCACAGCUACAUUGAGAGUCUAGAGAAGGAAUCAUUGAAGAUCGUCAUGAAUGGUGUCACGUCCUUUGACCCACAGAGGGAGCUCUCUGACAUCCAAAGCAGCACAGGCCAGCAAAUAGACUGCACAGGUGAUGGACACAACCUCAGUAAUGGCUAUUCAGAGCUGGAGGAAGUUCAGCCCACCUUGUUAAAAAGCACAGAGAGCAGAAUAAGCUACGAACUGGAUGGUGGGUUAGAUGGAACGCAAGAAAAUAAACAAACAGACAGCCUGCAAGGCUCUAAUAGUCAAUCAUCUCCUGAAGAAGCAUCUGAAUCUGUAGAGAUGAGUCUGGGAACAGAGUUAUGUGAUGACUCCCAGUCAUUUUGUCCUUAUAAAGAAGUACAGAAGGCUGGAGGUAAGCAGAAGCAAAGAGAGAACAAAGGACCAGAAGAUGAAGGCCUUCCAGGUGCGUCUGGCUCCUCUAGUGAGCACUAUGUUGUUUGUAGUGACACAGGUGUUUCCGAGGCGGCGACAGCCACCACAGAAGAUGUGGAUGCAAUCUCUAACACACAGCUGAGCAGAGACACAAGGGAAAUGGAUGGAUCUUCAGACAUGGAGGUAAAUGAGGACAUCAAGGCUUUUAAUGAGACACCCACAGACCGCACAGCCAACGAGGACUUUGGGGAUUUCAGAGAUGCAACUCAGGUUUUCGCAGACUUCAGCCGGACUGAAUCUCUAGCCCAGGAAGGAUUUGCUGAUUUUGUCACGGCAUUGUCACAAUUCUCCACCGAUGAUGAAUUUGGUGACACGGACACACUGAAAGACUUCAAGGAGGAAGAUGAGCUGGCUGAGGAAGAGGACAACUCUGCAGACAGUGCACGCAACAAAGGAGCUUUAUGUUCCGAGUUGCCUCCUAGUGAUAGUUUUGCCGACUUUAGCUCUGCUCCAUUUGGUGGUGUGGUGGUUAGAGGGGAAGAGGACUGGGCUUCAUUUGGACAACAUGAAGACACAGAAGAGGGUCAGGAUUCAUGGGCAGCAUUUGGGGAGGAACCGAUUACUUUAGUGGGUCCAGAGUUACAGGAUGAUGCGACAUCAACAGCGUUCUCUAGUGACAACCUCCAGAAUAGUAGGAUGGACAGAGAUACUGCUGAGUUCAGCUGUAAACUCCAGCAUCUCUUCAGAGCCGCCUUCCCUUCAGAUGUCAGUCCUGAGGUUAGUGGGGUCACAGAGGUGUUGACCCUCGAGGAAGUCCUGCAGGCUCAGGAUCCUCAGGAACAAAGGAAUCCGAGCAGCUCUUUUGCCCUCGGGAAAGUAUUAGCCAUGUGGCGCCACCUUCAGGACAUCCAAGGGACAUAUGGCCUCAAGUUCAAAUGGGCAGGUUCCCAUGGCAACAGAAUCCUGCUGGAUUGCCUAGGAAUCAGGAACAUUUUGUUCACUGGAGAGAAGCACCAGCCAGUGAUUGUGCCUAAGUUUGCUGCUGGACUGGGACUGCUGGAACCCACCAAAGAGUCCUCAAAGACUCCAGCCUCUCCUGCACUUUCCCCUUCUGCUGCUGUGGAGAGUGGAAAUAUGCUAUACACUCAGGUGGCACCCUCUUUGGCCAUUAGUAUUGAUGGUGUUGAUCCAGAGUUGUAUGAACUGACUACAGCUAAAAUAGUGACAAACACCUCUGGUCGAAACAUUGCAGAUGCAUUUACAAAACUAAUGGAAUCGAUGGAGAAAACCAGAACAACAACCAGGAAGCCAGAUGAAAAAGAUGAAAACAUAAGUGAAGAAGCAGCAAAGGUUAUCUGUCUUCUCCCUGAUCUGUCCUUCAUGCAGGCCAGGGUCCUAAUGUUUCCCUCCAUCCUAACUCCAUCUGCCAAUCACACAUAACCAGACACGGCCUCAAGACAAUCAGCCUUAAGCUCCGCUGUUCAAUCAGUCAUUAUGAAAUCAUCAUUCAUUCUGCAUACUGACAGCAGCAGUAAACAGUUCCAGCCUCUCUUCAUUGCUUCCUCCAAACAAUCCUAUUUCAUAUCAAAUAGUAGUCUUUAAAAGCUGCCUAUUAUAUACUUUUAUAAACUAUUAUUUAAAAACAUAUAUAAAUAUUAUAUAUAUAAAAAAACUGUUAUAAACUAUAACAGUCCUGGCUGCUGUUGUUAUUGAUAUUGUAAACAGUUUGAAUUGCUCUGCUACGUGUGAAAAAAAAAAAAAACGAAUGCUGAGAUGUACCUUCCAACAUCCACUCUCUAGUACACACAGUAUUUAGAACAGCAUAUUCAGCUCUUUUAUCCGAACAUAACAUUUUUGAUCAUGGAUAAAAUGUUGAGUGAUGUUUGUGAGUACUUUUCUUAUAUAAGUGAGGCUCAAAUGGUGAAAUGCAGAUUGCACAUUUUACUACUUGAAAUUACACAGCUGGUAAGUUAAUGACCCUUGCUUGCUGUGCAUAUUAAUUUGUGCUUUUAAUUUUAUUUCUUAGUGCUUUAAAUGUCAUUCAGUUCAAAGGUUUGUUUGUUUUAAAUCACAAUCAACUGGAAAUAAUGCCUUAAUCUCCUAAAGCUUUCUCUCAUUGUUUUUAAUUUUGUUUAGACUGUUGUACACCUCAUUCAAUAUAAUACCUUGAAUUCCAUAUAACCAUCCUUAUGUUUUUAUUUAUUUAUUUGGUUUUCACAAAACAGACAAGAACAUAAGAAAAUAUUUUUUUAUCUUUUAAUUUUGUUAAUUUUAAUAAGGGAAGUGCAUCUUUCUGCAUGUCUGCAUUUUGUAUGAUUGGUGUUUGCUACUGUUGUGGUUGUUUGAGUUAUUUUUAUGUCACGUCACUGUAUUAUUUUUAAGGAGUAUCUUUGCACAAUAUAUAGAAUAAAUGGGUAUAAUAUGAAGCUGACAGUAGUGCUAUCAACCUGUACUUAAAGAAAAGAUGGGUGUGCUUUGUACUGUUCCUGUGGAAAAGAGACUAUAAUGAGGUUUGCCUGUGUGAUCACAUUUUGUUUCCUCCGAAAAUUGUAUUUUAAUAUGAAUCAAUAAUAAAAAGGCAGGCAAAAAUAUAUUAUUCUUUCUUUUUCGAAUGCCAGGAUCUAAAUAAGAUCUGCUCUAAAAGGGCAUUCACAGUAACCCAAUUUGCAGCGAAAAGUGACCUGGAGUCUUUCAUUUUUAAUUAAACUGUGCGACUUCUGUUGACAUGUGACAGUGUCACGGGGUUCAGUGGGGCGAUGUGGCGAAUACAUUGAUCUGCCACCAGCUGGUUCUCGAGUAAGGACACAUAAAAAAAUUUGUGUUGGCCGAUAUGGUAGUUGCUUUGGGUUUAUACUGACAAUUAGUGUUGUGGUGUGUGGAUGCUGCGUAAUGCAAAAACAUGCCAUUGUAGUAAUACUUUAAAGGUGCACUCAGUAACAUUUGUGUCAUCUUGGACUUACACUGACACUUAACAUCUUGGAUCCAGCAUAAUUUAAAGAUUCAGAUGCUAUUGUAGACAUUUAGUAUUCACAAUCAUCCAUGAUUACUUUAAUCAAUGAGUGAAAGUAUCAAAUAAUAGGUCAGUUACUUAAGCGAGUAGUAUUUGGUUGCUCAUGUGAUUCUAGCAUAGCAGCUCCCAAGUGCUUACCCUCUCCAUGUAGAAUAAAACAGCUUUUAUAAGGUUACUGAUAUGACUGGAGUCUUCAUUUUAAUGUGAGCGGUCAUGAUUUACUACACAUAUUGCAAAAUUACAAUUCAUGUCUUUUAGGAGUUAAACUUUUUUAAUUAGGAGUGCAUUUUAAGAACAGUCAGCCAUGAUUCAUUUAUUCUGUGAGCAAAAUUGUCCAAUAACAUGGUUACCAAGCAAUAUUCGGCCUGGCAUGUGAUCUCAAAAUGGCAGCCGCAUGAGGAGAUCCACUCCAUGUAAAAUAAAACGUUUUUAUUUGGAUACUGAUAUGACUGGAAUCUUCAUCUCUUGUGCGUACAUCAUUUAAAUUUUUUUUUUUUAAAGUAAUAUUGAUUUCUUUAUGUUAACCUUCUUUUACAGGAAUUGUUCACCAAUAAGAUGAAAGUUCUCUCAUCAUUUACUCAGCCUCAUGCCAUCCCAGAUGUGUAUGACUUUCAUUCUUCUGCUGAUCACAAAUUAAGAUUUUUAGAAGAAUAUCUCAGCUCUAGGUCCUCUCUAAGCAAGUGAAUGGUGGCCAGACCUUUCAAGCUCCAAAGAUCACAUGAAGGUAGCUUAAAGUUUAUCCAUAAGACUCCAUAUCUUCAGAAGUAUGGAGUUUCCUUUGUGUCUUUAUUAUUCAAUCAAACAUACUGUGUUUGAGAGUAAAAUUUAUUAUUUUGUAAUUAAAAAAAAAAAGUGUGCAAAAAAGUCUUCUAAAUGCUC